AUGAGGACUCCACCCCGCUACCACUCCUUGCCCCCCCCCACUGCCUCCCCCGUGCCGACCAGAGCGUCCUGCGUUACAGGACACACGCGGAGCACAGGCCCCGCCGCCAUCGCCCUACUCGUCGGCGGCGGUCAGCUCCGCCAGCUUGGCCUUCAGCUUCUCCUUGCGCGCCUCGUACGUCAGCUUGGACUCCUUCCAGGCCUUCUUGUCGGCGGGCGCCUUGCGCUCCUUCCGCUUCUGCACCGGGUCGGCGCGGAUGGCUGCGUGCACCGAGGUGUACAGCUCCUCCAGCCCCUCGGCCUCCAGCCCGGCCUUGACGUAGCGCGAGAAGUGGCGCUCGUACUUCUCCGGCUCCUCCUCCUUCAGCGACUCCAUGUACUCCGCCACAUGGCCUCCCAGGAUGUACUUGCGCAGGACCUCGGAGUCCAGCUCCUUGGUCUCACGCGAGUAGCCGACGAAGCGCUUGUCGGAGUGGGGCACGUCCAGGCCGCCGUCCAGGGCGCCCUUCAGCGCGGCAAAGACCUUGGACCCGGUGCUGGUGCGCUUGAGGCCCGUGUCCAGCAGCGCGACGAAGGGGCGUGGGCCCUCGUCCGCGGCGUCCACGUUGUAGUCCUCGCCCACAUCCCCUGUGUUGCCCUCAUACGCCUUAUCCAGCCCAAACUUGGUCAGCACGCGGCGGGCCAGCAGGAGGCCCGUGGCGUAGGCGGCCGCGUAGUUGGUCAGGCCCGUGGUCAGGCCGUAGGCGGGCAGCUCGUGGGAGUAGGCGGAGGAGACCACGACGUCGCCGGCCAGCGUGGCGUACGCGAUCUGGCAGAUGACGUCGGAGUUGGUGAAGCGCACGACAAACCUGGGCGCGAGUGGGGGAGGGGGGGGCAGAGGGUGAUUUGGGCAGGUGUGGAGGGGAGGGGGGUGCUUGGGCAGCAGGGGGGAAGACUGACGCAUCCCUUGAUUCCAGGUGACAGGGUCGGCCAGCCGUCAUCCCACCGACCUGUACUUGGGGGUGUUGUACUUGUUCUUGUCCUGGGUGGUCAGCCUCAGGCGGGCGCGGUAGUCGGUCUUUCCCUCACGCCUCCGGCGGUACUUGACCUGCGGGAGGGGGCAGCAGGGUGGCAUGCUGGGCCAAGGGUGGACUCCCCACGGGAAGACCCAGCGAGAGACACCGCUGCCCAGGCAGCAGCCUGCGGCCGUGCGGCAUCGCGGUGGCAACGACCACGCUAUUCAUAG